AUGGACCGUCUCCCCAGUGAGAUCCUACUUGCGAUCGCAGCUAAUUUGGACGCCUCAUGCGAUAUCAACGCGCUAGCUCAAGCAAACCGCCGUUUCUUCAAUACCCUAAACAACCAUCUUUAUCGACACGAUGCACUCGAAGAUAACCUGGAAGCCCUUUCUUGGGCGGCGCAGAGUGGGGUCGUCGCAACCGCCCAGAUGUCAAUAACUGCUAGCCGGGCAAUUGAUGAUGUUAGCGAGCGACUAUUCGCUAUCAACCAUGCCCUGUACGAUGCCGUCGCGAACCAGCAUAUUGACGUCAUCUCCUGCAUUCUUCAUGUAGAUGGCGCUGAUCCAAAUAUCCAGAAUCAUUUUCGCCCAUCGACUGCUAUGGGUAUAGCCGCGCGUGAAGGCUAUACGGAAAUUAUCAAGGUCCUAUUAUCGGCCAAAGAUACACAUCCGCACCCCAAAGACCCAUUAAUCCCAUCACCUCUGUCCAUAGCGGCUUACUGGGGCUUUGUCGAUAUUGUGAAACUGUUGUUAGAAGUAACGGGAAUAGAUGUCGACUCCCAUGACUCGAAAAACCGCACACCGCUCUUCUAUGCCGUCUUGUCAGACUCACCUUCACCUGAAAUAGUAUCGUGUUUCCUAAACUGCAGCAACUUCAAUGUCGAUGUCAAUGUGGAGGACAGGUCACCGGCUAUGCACACCCGACACGCCGGCAGGACGCCGCUGAUUGUCGCGUCACAAUUCAAAUCCGCCGAUAUGGUUAAUCUCCUCCUCACGGCACCGGGAAUCGAUGUCAAUCACGCUGACCAGUAUGGGAAGACCGCAUUGCACUUCGCAGCCGAACUUGGCACAGAGGAUAUUGUUCGCGCUUUAUUGCAUAACCACGCUGAUCCUGAUCCAAAGGAUAAUGAGAAUGAGACCCCUCUCUUUCUCGCGGCGAAAAAUGGAUCAGUGCCAGUUGUCAAGAUGCUACAUGAAGCCGGUGCUGAUCCCAAUCACAUUUGCGAUAGUGGAGCACAUGCACUAGGUGCAGCCCGGACGGAGGGCUAUGGAGAAGUUGCGCGGGUCCUUCGCAACUUUGACCGACUUGAUUUGAAUUGUCUUAGUCCAGUCCCUCGGAAUUGGAAUAGUUCCCGUGGUAAGAUGUGGAGUGAAAGAUCCAAGAGAAAUCCUGACGAGCGUCCAUGA